GUCUAGUGACCAGUCAGUCUUUCUGAUUCAGCUCUACAUGGCGCUGCGCACUGGCUCGCCAGUCAAGGUCACCACGUGCUCUACUACUGUUUACCAAGAUGCCAAAGUGUACUUGUACCAUUCCUAGUUCAAGUGAGAAAAAGAAGAGGAAAACCUUCAACAUUGGUGAUAAGGUGAAGAUUCUGAACGAGUUUGAACAGGGAGCAAGUGCCUCUGUUGUCGCACGCCGCUACGGAGUUAAUGAAAGCACCAUUCGUGGCAUUAGACAGAAGGCAGACAAGAUUCAUGCAGCAUUUGCUGAACCAACAGUUUCCAAGACCACCCAACACUUAAGGCCACCACUUUACCAAGAAAUGGAAGACACACUCAAGAUAUGGAUUGAAAACAUGCAACGCCGUAAAGUUGCUAUAUCGGGUCCAAUGAUAAAGAAUGAGGCAAUGGAAAUACAGACACGUCUGCUUCAGCGAGAUGGAAAGCCAGUAAGUGAAUGUAAAUUCACAGCUAGCCAAGGCUGGCUUCACAGCUUCAUCAAGAGAGCUGAAUUACGCUGUGUGUGUGUGUCAGGGGAAGCUGCAUCGGCCGACACAUCUGCAAGGGAAAAAGUGAAGAUAUAUUCGAAAAAAGCGGUUGAGGAACGUAGCUAUACUCCAGUACAAAUCGGGAAUUGUGAUGCGACAGAAAUAAACUGGAAAAAGAUGCCAAAGAAGGCAUACUUAAAAAAAGCAAAUGCCAAAGCUCCAGGAUUUAAGGCCAGUGAGGACAGAGUAACAGUGCUUUUCUGUGCUAAUGUGAAGGAACUGCUCGAUAGCAUGGACGACCCAAUAACGACUGAAGAAGCUUUAGAGUUAGCUGAGAUGACUAAGGAGCACGAGGAAGAGGAGGAAGCCGAAGAUGUGCCCCCACACGUAAAGAAAGAGUGGAAAAUCACGCAACUUAAGGAAUACAUGACCUUCAUAUAUGCUGCCAUCAAGUGCAUUAGAGACAACGAUCCUGAUUUGGGCAGGGCUACGGAGAAUGUAGACAGCUUGUACAGGCUCUCUUCUACCUACAGUCGUCUGCUGGAUAGGAAGAUAGCCAACCAGAAGCAGAGGUCCACCACUUCCUACUUCCGGUGCAGCAGUUAAAAGUGAAGUCGAAAGUAAAAUUGAAAUGCCAGACGUACGACUCAUUGGUUGGGGUUGUUCCGCAGGCAGCCUCAGUUGGUCAGUUCUGCUUACAUGAUGGACCUGCAUUCCUAUGACACUGACUUGCUGAAUGACACCCCCGAUGUCCAACUCUCCGGCAACCCAACACAUCAAACCCCACCCAGCAGCCCCACACGGAGGCGUGAUGAGUGGAAUGACAUGGUCGUGGAUAGAUCUACGGGGCAAAUGUAGGAAUGUGUGGUGGCUCGAGGGAAACUGCAGCCUGAUGUCCACUUAGCACCUGUCCAUAAAGAUCCAUGGGUCGCAGCAAGUGAAGUUGCUUGCCCAAGGAAUUGGUUGAGUGAUGCACAUGUUGAUCAUGCCCAGCAUUUAUUAGGUAGCCGUUUCCCUUUGAUCUCGUGAUUUCAGUCCACUUGUUUUUUACAGCAAAAACUGUAUGCACGUUCAGGCUCCUGUGAAUAAUUUUUUUCAGGUCUUGAAUGUGCAUAAGAAAGACUGGCUAACACUCCGUAAAAUUGAGUGUAAUAAUAACACUCAGAGUUUGACAGUUUGAGUGGCAGUGGACUGCAAAAUUCUGAGGAGUUUAAUUGCCAGGUGGUUGCCUUGUUAAAUUGUUAAAGUCCAAGAAUUAGAGUAGAGUAUGCAAACAUCACACAGCAGAGAGGAUAUUCUGACUGUGGUUUGUUUGCAAUUGCCUGUACCACAGCAGCUGACCAUAGUCAGGUCAUUGGGUAAGAUGACCCAACCUUCUCACCUUUCCCUAUGACCUGACUACGGACAGCUGCUGUGCUUAGAGAUGGCAUGGUCAAUUUCUUUGGAUUAAGAAGAUUAGUAAGGGU